GAAAAGAGGAGGGAGAAAGGAGGAGUUGAGGAAGCCCUAUAUUGAGUGAUAGGGGCAGAUUAGGCCUGUUGUCACUUUGUGAGCAGUUUUUCUCUACAACAGUGACGAUAGUGGGUAUUUUUGGCCAGCAUUCAGCGGAGAUGGGAACAUCUGGUUACCGGUAGAAGACCCAAAACUAUUCCCACCGAAGUUGUUUACGUUCUGGACUGUGUAUACGUCGCGGCGGCGGUACAAUCUUCCAUACAAUUCAGAUCCUGCAGAUGGGUCAGGGGCUGUGGAGGGUGGCCAGGAACCAGCAGCUGCAGCAGGAGUACGGAGAGCACUGGGAUGCUGGACCUGGCCUUGACGGAGAUCCCCAGGAUUUGGGGAUGGAGAUGGGGGUUAACCCAGGCCAGGCUCCCCCCUCCCCCGGGGUGGGCGACCUGCCACCUCACCCCCACCCGCGGCGCCACCCCCAGCACUGCCAAGGGGCAGACAUCUACCAGCUGCUGCGUGCCCGCCGGGGGAAGGAGCAGCAGGGUUUCAUAGACCUGGAGAUGCUUCCUCCAGAGCUCAGCAUCACCAUCCUGUCCUACCUGAACGCUACAGACCUCUGUCUGGCAUCCUGCGUGUGGCAGGACCUGGGCCACGACGAGUACCUCUGGCAGGGUUUGUGUAAGUCCACAUGGGGUCACUGUUCCAUCUACAAUAGAAGGCUUCCCUAUGGCUUCUCAUAUAGAAGACUCUACAUGAUGCUAGAUGAAGGCAGUCUGACGUUCAACGCUAACCAUCAGGAGGGUAUCAGUUACUUCAUGUCCAAAGGCAUACUGGUGGACCACCCCAAGGAGCUGGCCAAGUUCAUCUUCUGCACUCGCACGCUCAACUGGAAAAUGCUGAGGGUAUACCUAGAUGAGAGGAGAGAUGUUUUGGACGAGCUGGUCACGCUGCACAACUUCAGUAACCAGUUCCUGCCCAACGCACUGAGGGACUUCUUCAGGCACAUCCACGCCCCAGAGGAGAGGGGCGAAUAUCUGGAGACGCUCAUCACCAAGUUCUCCCACCGCUUCUGCGCCUGCAACCCUGUCCUGGUCCGGGAUGUGGGUCUCAGCCCAGAUGCGGUGUAUGUGCUCUGCUACUCGCUCAUCCUGCUGUCUAUAGACUUGACCAGCCCGCACGUCAAGAACAAGAUGUCCAAACGCGAGUUCAUCCGCAACACGCGCCACGCUGCCCAGAACAUCAGCGAGGACUUUGUCGGCCAUCUUUACGACAACAUCUAUCUCAUCGGCCAUGUGGCGGCCUAACCGGGAAGUGAUGAGGAGUGGAAGUCGGUGAAUACAUGAACCAGUGAUUGCACUGAUGCAAGAUACUACUUUGGACAAUAGUUGUUGCUGGUCAUUCUUAAUAUAGGGUCCUGUACUGCUAGCAAUGAUGCUUGUUUCCAUACUGGGUGGGAGGCAAUCUCUUCUCCGGCUGUAGAGCCAAUGGAGACCAAGUAGCGUAGCGAUUUGGCCCGCCCACAUGAAGUGACAUCUUAAGGUGUGAGAUAUAGCCUCAGACAGGCUAGACGUAUAUUCAGCACAAAAGUAGCAUAUGACAAUAUAACCAACUACUUCCAGCUUAACCACGCAGAAGUGUAGCUCCAGUAUGUUAACGAAGUCAAGAAGAAGUUAAACAUAUGCUAUGAACAAGGACUGAAUAUUACUACAGCAACAAUUAGCAGUUGUGGUUCACAUUAUACUCCGUUUUUGUUUUGUGAAUUACUCUUGAGUUUAAUAUUCUAGUUUUCUUUUUUAAAUUAUUGUUUUUGUUGGAAUGUUUUUUACGAUUUAGAGGAACUUAAAAUAAGGACUAAUGGGCUGGUAGAAACUCCACUGCAUUUUUGUCCUUAACUUUGUGAGCUGGAUUCAAUUGGAUGGAAUGAAUAUGAAUUUCCAAGAGGCACAACAAUAAUUAAUCCAACCACAUUUACAACAUGGAAUCCUUUUAUUUUUAGCAGAGAACUUCAAAGGUCUAUUUGCGUCCAUUCCAAAGUAUUUUAUGAGUUGUAAAGUAAUCGCCAUGGGUCAUACUCUGAAUUGAUGUAUGUGGAUGAGUAGAAUGUCCAUGGGAAUCUCAGAGCAUCCAAUUUUGAGUUUGUAAUGUGAACUCUCAUCUGCAUGCAUCUCGGCUGGGUCGUAUUAAUUAGUGUGCAAAAUUGAAAACGUUUUUCACCUACGGAAGACGAAAAUAAAUGUUUCUUAUUGGACAAGUCCAAUUUUGUUUCUCAAUGUUGCAAUCCAUUUUAUUCUAUUUGGUGCCUAAUGAACACAACACUGGUAAUACAGCUCUUGAUUGUUGAUGGAAAAAUAGGUGUCAAAGUUGAGGACAAUUGUUCAGUGAAUUUUUACCUCUGCCCAAGCUGGGGUAGGUAAUGUUGGUAAAUGAAGGUAUCUAUGUUACUUUAUCCUUUUGUGUUGACAAGCAUUCUACCCCUUAAAAACAGGCUGAUUCCCAAAUGACAUCCUAUUCCCUAUGUGUUGCACUACAGUUGAACAGGACCCAUAGGGCUCGUGUCAUAAGCAGUGCACUAUAUAGGGAAUAGGGUGGCAUUUGGGACACAUCCCGGCACUGACUCUAGCACCGAUUUCCUGCGUUUACACAGGCAGCCCAAUUCUGAUUAUUUUUUUCCACUCAUUGGU